CUCCUUCUGUACUAAUGGCAACGAAUGUAUUAGUCUGGCGACGGAUUGUGAUCGAUCUCAAGUACUGUAACCAUACACAACUUUAUGCCGGCUUACGACGGUUUCGAGACUCGAACGGUUUAAGGUCAUCAUGGACGGUAACGACGACGCCAACAUAUCAUUUAUCAUCAUGUUUGUCAAAUUCCCUGAGCUACGCCAUCUUAGUGCCCGCUAUCGUCGAUUCAGCACCAAUGUUGAAGCAGAUACGAAAGUUUUGCAAGAACUACUCAAGAACGGCACCUUGAAACCACACUCCAUUCCGUUGGAGCGAGUCAACAUAUACCACUAUUAUUUCAAUACCGAACCACAUCUCGACGCAUUCCAAAAGACCCUCAAUCGGAUAUCAAAGUUUCCUGUGCAUCUGGAUAUUCGGAGAUGUUAUGUGCCUACUACUACUACUACUACUACUACGAGUAGCAAUGGUGAUGGAGAUGCAAGGCAACAGGAGCAGCAAAGAUCAUUGGAAGAAGCGAUGGAAGGCGUAUCCAUAUCGGAAGCGUGUUAUAAUAUUGUAUCAAAAGAAGCACAGUGUUGGGCAUGUUUGCAUUCUUUUGAACGGUGUUGGAAGUGUGAAUCGAUAUGUGCUGCAUGUCAACGGACGCGAUUACCUCCAUUGGCAAACGAUCAAAAAUUGCAGGAUUUUCAACGUCGUCGCCGUGGUCGUCGUCAUACCCAACGAGAAAAAAACAAGUCCAUGGUAGUAUCAGCCGGGGCAAAUGAUCUAGCAGUUACAAUAACACCAACUACUGCCACUACAAACAGUUCCGUAAUAGACGAUCCAUCACUAGAAGAUGAAUUCAGUGUAUUUGAAUAGCAAUAAAAUUAAUUUUGCAUAAAUGUAAAUGUUUGGGCAAAGUAACGCUCUCGCUGUAGUUGUAUUUUUA